AAGCGAGGGUUUAUCAAGAAACAAACAUGGCUACCCUGUCUGUUGGAGAGCCUCAAGAGAUGGAAGUGGACCGGAAGGGAGAGUCAGAGGAGUCUGGAGAUGAUGAGACCAGGAGGAAGAGCAUCAAUGGGGAGGUGGACCCCAAUCAGCCCCCAACCACAGUUAAAGAAGAGUCUCCCGUUGAAAUGGAUACCAUAACCCUGGACCCAGAGGAAGAGGAUGUUGAUCUUGUCCACUGUCGUAUUGGGAAGAUUGAGGGACUGGAGGUGUUGAGGAAGGCUAAGACGCUCUCUCUAAGGCAGAACCUGAUCAAGACGAUUGAGAACCUGGAGACGUUAGUGACGCUGAAGGAGCUUGAUCUCUAUGACAACCAGAUCCGCAAACUUGAGAACCUGCAGACCCUCACAGAGCUGGAUCAGCUGGACGUGUCCUUCAAUCUGCUGAGGAAGGUGGAGGGUCUGGAGCGUCUGACGGGGCUAAAGAAGCUCUUUCUGCUGCACAACAAGAUCAGCCACAUCGCCAACCUGGAUCACCUCACCGGCCUGGAGAUGCUGGAGCUGGGCUCCAACCGCAUCCGGCUAAUAGAGAACUUGGACGGGCUUUCCUCCUUGACAAGUCUGUUUCUGGGCACCAAUAAGAUCACUCAGCUGCAGCAUCUGGAGGGCCUUCACAACCUGACAGUCCUCAGCAUCCAGAGUAACCGCAUCACCAAGAUGGAGGGUCUGCAGGGUCUGGUCAACCUGAAGGAGCUCUACCUGAGUCACAAUGGCAUCGAGGUCAUUGAGGGCCUGGAGAACAACAAAAAGCUCACAACUCUGGACAUCGCAGCCAACCGGGUAAAGAAAAUCGAAAACAUCAGCCAUCUAACAGACCUACAGGAAUUCUGGAUGAAUGAUAAUCAGAUAGAGAACUGGUCAGAUCUGGAUGAACUGAAGAGCGCCAAGGCCCUGGAGACUGUGUACCUGGAGAGGAACCCCUUACAGAAAGACCCCCAAUAUCGCAGGAAGAUUAUGCUGGCUCUGCCCACCGUACGCCAGAUCGAUGCCACCUUCAUCCGCUUUUGACCGGUUCACACUCCCAUCUCAGUGUCCCUCCACUCACCGUUCUUCCCCUGCAACCGCAAAAUGGACCUCUGCUUACUGCACUCAAGACUAAUUCACCACAGGCACACACCUACAGAUACACACGAGUGUCCUUGUAUACCACACACACUCCAACACACACGCACACAUUCCGACCAUCACUUUUCUCCUGCCUUACCCUCUGUCAUGUAAAACACACAAGCACGCAUGUACAUACUCACGCACUUACACUCACGCACACCACCUGACCUAUGGUAUUAUGUUAAUCUUAUUAAUUUAUUCCCAGAAUUGGACUGGAUAGGGGCUGGGAGGAGUGUGAGCUGCAGGGAUGUCAAAAGGACCCCCCCUCCCCCUCUCUGUCCUCCCCCCUCCCCUCUCUGUCCUCCCCCC